ACGAUUGAGAGUUAACAGAUCGUCCUCCUCCUCCUCCUCCUCCUCCUCCUCCUCCUUCUUCCUCUCAUUGAACUGACCGGCCCUGGAUAGUAAUUCAAAAGUAUGUUUUUUUUUGUUUUUUUUCCUUUUCUUUUUUUGUUAAUCUGACUGCACACCGAAAUGAACUGUUGAAAUAGAGACCCAAGUUCCAAUCCAGAUCCAGGUCCCGAUCCUCCAGCAACGCGGACAGCACGACACAUGGCAUCAUCGACGUCCCUCUCUCUCUCUCUCUCGCUCUCUCACACAUGGCUCUGGCGGUUGCAACAGCGACGAUGUCAUCUUUGGCAGGUGGUUGUCUUGCACAGGCUGGCCGGCCUUCGACGUCUCUCUCGAGCGCGGCUAUGGCAGCCACAGCAGCGAUGUCGACGGCGUUGGCGGGAGCUAGGAGAAGAGGAGUGGGAAGAGAACCUACAGUUCUUGGACGAACCUGUAUGACGAGACGAUUUGGCGGGAAAGAUUUCGGAAAUGGAACCGAUUUGGGUGGAGGAAGGGGGGGUAACGAAGCCGUUGGGAGGGGGUCUCAUUUUGGCGGGAAAGUAUGUGGUAACGUUGGUGAKCGAAGAGGCGAUUUUGGCGGGAAAAGAGCGUAUUUGGGCGGGAAAAGAACUGAUGGUAGGAUCUUGGGAAGCAGCGUAUGGAACGCCACGUCACCAUCAUCAUCUUCUUUUGGAUCACGCCUCGAGGGUUGCUUACGUGUCAGGCUCGGUGGAAGGUUUCUGGAUGUGGUGGGUGCUACCGCCACGUGUCGUUACGGCCGUGGCUGUGUCGUUGCGACCCCGGCUGUCGGAGGUGGAAAGAUCGGGAUAGGUAGUCAGAGGAGGGAAGGGAGCGGGCAAGGAAGAAUAAAUUGCAGAGAGAGAGGAGGAGAAGGAGGAGGAGGAGGAGGAGGAGGAGGAGGAGAAGGAAGAAGAAGAGAGGAGGGAGGGAUGAGGAGGAAGAGGAGGACGAUAGUGUCUCCCCUUCCUUUCUCCUCUUUCUCUUCUACGUCGUCGCAAAUCAGAGGCUGUAGUUCUCGGAGCCACGGGGAAGACGUUGUGUGGCAGACGGAGGAAGUGGAGGACCUUGUGCGACUUGGAGGAGGAGGAGGAGGAGGAGGAGGGGGAGGAGAAGGAGAGGUUGGUGGCCGCCCGCCGCUGCGGGUGGCAGUUUUGGGCGGUGGCUUUGCUGGCGUGGCUGCCACGUGGCAUCUGCUCCAGCACGCCACCUUGGAAUUGCCGAUAUCGAUCGAUCUAAUUGACGAGAUCGGGAUCGGCGGAGGGGCAUCAGGGCGCUUCGCAGCGGCAAUUCCAGAGGGGAUACUGGGGGGGGAGCGGGCGGGGGAGGGUGUCGCGAUGAAGUCGGUGGUCGGGGUCGAGAUUGGAAGAGACGGCGGCAGCAGCGGGAGCGGAGCGCUCUGGGUAAAGUCCGACGUAGCGCGGAGGCUGCUCCCCGGCCUCGCGGAACCUCCGGGGAAGUUGGCGCUCUACGUGCCGCAGGGGAUGACUCUGAACCCAGAGCGCUAUCUUCGCGCACUUUGGCAAUCCUGCAUUUACGCGGCUGCCGAUGCCGUCGCGAAUGGGUCCGCGGGGACACGUGUCGCCUUCUACAAGCGCCACGUGUCCUCUCUAACGGAGCUACUACUGACGGCGAGGAAAGAAGAACCAAGACAAGAAAGGCGGCGGCGGCGCAAUUACCACGUGGUCGUUGUCUGCGCCGGAGCGGGCGCGAUGGCUCUGCCUGAGAUAGCGGACCGACUCCCCCUCUCCCUCUGUCGAGGGAGGGUUCUCGAUCUACGGCUGCCAACGCUCUGCACAUCCUCAUCCCCCCUCCCAUCAUCAUCAUCAUCAUCGGUGGACACAUCGGAUGCAGCCGCCGCCGCCGCCGCCGCCGCUUCGUCAUUUCCUACGUCGGGACGACCGUCAGGUGGGCUAUCGGACGGAAGGGGAGGGGAGGCUAAACGGCCUUCGUCGUCGGGAUCGCAAUCGCCAUCGACGGAAUCAUCACAGCCGUCUGGAUCGCGGUCGCCAUUCGUCCUGUCAGAGUCGGGGCACGCAUUGUCGGGACUUCCCUCCUCAUCGGCGGCACUCGGGUCGGCUGAGCUCUCGUCGGUAUCGCUAUCGCAAUCGCAGCCUGGCCCACGAUCUGCACCAUCACCUGGGCCUGGAACCGUGCCUGGAUUGAAUCCAACAGAUUGCGCGGACGAUGUACCCAAACUCGGACACGUGUCCCAUCAGGGAGCCACCCGCGCCGAGUCCACGUGGCAUGCAGCAGCGGUGCCCCCACGACCUCCGCCGCCGCCGCCGCCGCCGUCGUCGUCUUCUUGGCGUUCUCCUCCGUUCUUGGUGUCAUCUGCUUCAGCUUCUGAGGAGCGGUCGCGAUCGGCACGCCCUCACGUGGCUGGUUAUCCCAUAGGAGAGGCAGAUGGGGUGCCAUGCUGUACGGCAGGAACGGCGGAACGCCACGUGGCUGGCUAUCCGAUAAGCGCGCCGAGUCUGGUCGGGUCGGUAUGGUUGUCCGCACAGGGUCCCGACAAGAUCGUAGUGGGAGCAACGAAGGAGUGGAAGUGGAAGACUCGGCGCGCUUAUGGGAAGGAGAUUGAUGGAGGAGGAGGUAAUCAAGAUGAGGAGGAGGAGGAGGAGGAGGAGGAGGAGGAAGAGGAUGAAGACUCGGCGCGCUUAUUGGAUACGCUGAUGGCGAAAAUGGCAGCUCUUUAUCCCUCAAUCGAGAGAUGGACGGUGGAGGGAGUGCGAGCAGGAGUACGGGCUUCCACACGGCGAUCUUCUCAUGGCAGGCUGCCUGUCAUCGGUCGAGCAGAUUACCUGCUCACACACACACGCCACGUGGAGGAUGAUCCGGCGGCUGAUGACAAUGAUGAUGAUGAUGAUGAUGAGUCGUUCCGACGUCGUCCGAGUCGGGAUUGCCGAAGCCAACGGGAUCUCGACGACGAUAGAGAGGGGAUUGCAGAUCCCGUGAGGAGGAGAGAGGAGGGAAGGGAGAGAGAGGAAACAGAGGAGAGAGAAGAGAGAGGAGAGAGAGAGGAACGAGAGAGAGGUGAGGAGAGACAGAGGAACGGGAGGAGGAGCUGCCUGGAUGAGCCCGAGGCUCAGUGCUGGAUGUUGAUUGGGUUGGGAUCCCGAGGGUUGAUAUAUCACGCCUGGAUGGCCGAGAUGCUUGCCGCUGCUAUCGUAGCGAACGACGAGGAGCUCUUGCCACGUCAGCUGCUAGAAUGGAAACGCCACAAUUCUGAGCAGAGUAGUCUGAGUGCCCCUGCCAAGGUGGUGGCUUGCGAUGACCACCUGCUCAGAAUUCUGCGAGAGCUGGUGCAGGAUCAAGUGCAGAAGGAAAAGCAGGAGGACCAUGCACUGAUGACUUGUGGGUUGGUGUUCCUCCACCUCUAUCUGAACAUCAUAGGCUGCAGGGAGGGAGGGAGAGAGCAGACACAAGUCCAGAGGGAGGAGAGCAGCACUGGGGGAGGAAAGGAGGUGCACAAGGGGAAACCGUCAGGCAUUGACAACAACAUCUGCAGCAGAGGCGGGAUGUUUGGGCUCCGACACGGAGAGAUAAUGUGGCAGAUCGCCGGUCAGGGUGCAGGGCAGCAGCUACCCAGUUUGAUCUUAGUCACGAACACGGGUGUCAGGCGGAAUAGCUCAGCCAUGGUGGCAGCAUUGCGGAGCCGGAUCGCAUGCCACCUGCGAGUGAUGGAGGAAAUUCUUAAGGCUGCGGAGGCGAUGUCCGGGGAAUUUAUGAACCUUGUAGGGGGUUCUAAAAGAGAGGGUGAAGGUGCCAAAGACGGAGCGAAUGAGGAGGGUGGUGGUAAAGAAGCGAAGUGGGGCCUGUUGUCGCCAGUGGAGAUAGAGAUCUGUGAAGAGGAGCAAGAUCCAAGCCCCAGCAGCACUGUUAGUACACGACAAGCAAGUGACAUAAAUUUCUCUCGUAUUUAGAAAGGACCUUGACGUAAAUUUCUCUCCUAUUUAGACAGGACCUUGCCGCCGGAACAAACUCAGGCUUUGGAC